UGAAUCAUGGAUAAGAUAGAGCACACACACGUACACAUAGUGAUAUAGAGAAGUAUCUCACGGGUCGAUUUUCUCUACAUCAACAGAGUUCAGCGGCAUUGUCAGUGCUGUCAGCUGACGAAAGAAGUGGAUCUAGUACAAUAAAAAUGUCGUUCGGUGAAAAAAUAGCAUCGAUAAUGCAAAGGCCUGGCCAGGAUCCUGUCGCUAAGGACGAUAUUCCCUGGUGGAUGAAAUAUGCUGGGCGAGGGCUCGGCACUGUAGGCGGUUUCAUCGCGAUCUUUCUGGGAGCUUGGAAUUGUGCAACGAUCUUAUUAGCUUCGAUAAUCUGCUUUCUUAGCGGUAUAUGGCAGAUGGUAGCUGGUUUUAUAGUUUUGAUGAUCGAAGCACCUUGUUGUUGUAUGUUUAUCGAUUUUGUCCAAAACUUAAGUGAUAUGGUGGAGAGCAAACCUUAUUGGAAUAGAGCAGCAGCUUAUUGCGUAUUAGCAUUGCCACCGGUCUUCCUUUGUCCAGGAAUAAACAGCAUACUUGGUAGUGGAUUUAUUUUUGCGACUGGUAUAAUAUAUGGAUUAAUGUCAAUUGGAAGAAAGGCAUCGUGGGGGGAAAUGAGAUCAGCAGCAAUGGAAACGCAAACUCCUUCAUCAAGUAUGCAGUCAACGCUCGUUGAAAAUGCUCAACCAAUGGGCUAUAGUAGUAAACCAGAUAGUAAUGUUUGACACUUAACAUACAUUGGCAAAACAAUACGAUAUUUCGCGUGAAUGGUGGUGUGCUGUAAUGACCUGGUCAAAUAAUUCUUAGGGCUAUGAACAUCUAUCGUAAAGUAUGAUACCCAUUGCACUGAUGCUGAUGUCUUAUAUUGAAAUUUCGAUGUUUAAGUAGGCAGUUAAUUAUUUCAUCUUAAAUGUGACCAACAAAGCCUGAUACAAGCCACUCGUACAUACAUUUAAUCAAGGAUGCAAAACGGUUUCGUUAGUAAUGGUUCUAUAUUCUUCUGAUUUACAUCUUAUAGUUAUAUUAAUAUUAAAUCGUUUUACAUUUUUGUAUAUCUGUAGUACACCUCAGGUUACUUAUAAAAAUUAUGUUGGCCUAUCUUGUUCAAACCUGCUUUAUUUAGUAUCAAGAAAUUUAGGAUUAGAUUAAUCAAUAUACAAGAUCCGUAUUGUUAAUUACAGCUGAGAAUAUAGAAAUUGAAUAUAUUAUUAAGUCUACACUAUGCUAAUGUUCUUUACAGCAUUAUAAAGUGCCAGCUAUAUUUUCAUCAUUGCAUCUUUCUAUAACACCUACCUACCUGAAGUUAUUUUAUUCUAAAAGGAAAAAAAAAAAGAGAGAAAGAAAAAGAAAAAAGAAACAGAAUAAAAAAUUGUUAAGAACAGUGGCAUAGUUCAUAUAUUAUCUAUAAAAAAUAUGAUUCACAAACAUAUUUUUCAUAUGAUAAAUAUAGUAUAUAAGUAUGAUUGAGUUUAAAGAAUAUCUUUACUUGCUAAUAGUCUCAAUGAUUAAUUAUAAUUACAUGAUUUUGAAAGGUUUCUUAUAUCAUUUUAAAUAGUAUAAGAAGCAUUAGCUCUUAUAAUUGAAUGAGUCAUUAAUAUUAAUUUUAUGAUUUAUUAUCGUUAUAUUCAAGUGUAUAAAUUCUUUAUGACGACUGUAUUGUAUAUAGAAAUGAAUUUACACAUCUUUCUUCCAUUAGUUUUCAUGUUUAUAUUCUUCCUGUAUGAAAAGCCUGAAGUAACAAGACGAUAUUAGGAUAAUUAUUGACAUUUCAUUUGUUAUUUAAGUUUAAUUAUUAUAUACUUAUGUUAUUCAACCUGUUACUGAUUUUUUUGACUUAUUUUGUGAUACAAUUCGAUAGACUGGACUACUGUCACACUUUUUGUAUAAGUGUGAAUAGGAAGCUAUAAUUAAGAGUUUCUUAACAUAUUCCUGUACUAUUAAUAAGUAUCACAUUUGGAACAUUAUGUUCUACUAUUUGUAACUGUUGUAUCUAAUACCAAAUGUGCCAACGUGCAAAUCCUCUUCUUCAUUAUCUUAUUUUUUAGAAUUUUAUUCACAACGGUACAGCAUUUCAUUAGACUAUUAAUAUCCAGUUAAAAAUGUAAUUUUUAACUACUCAUUUUCUUCCUACAUUCCUUACAAAAAAUUUCAUUUAUUCAUUCAAGAAAAAAGACUAAAAAUUAUUCAUUGUCAUCUAAUUUAUUGAUUAUAGUAAAGUAUUCGUUGUAUUGUGAUUAACAAAUUUGUCAUAAAAAUCCUAAUGGUAAAUACAUAAGAAUACAUACGCUACAUACAAUACAUACAUUAUUCUGUUAUAUUAUCAUUGCGAUUUGCUUAUAAAUUAAACACGUCUCCCAAUUUAUACUUUUAUGGUAAUAUCAGGUCAAUACAUCUAAAAGAUUAUUCGAUCUUUCGAGCUUCAUUGGUAUUGUGUCAAGAACAUUAAUUGCUGUAAUAAAACAUCACCAUUCAUGGUACAAUAUGACUUAUGUCUAUACACAUGGAAAAUAUAUUAUAAUAUAGAAAACAUUCACUAGCAUAGAUAGAGGAUGUAUGGAAUUCACAAAAGUCGACGAAAAAGGCUAUUUAAUUGUUUUCUUAUUUUAUUUAAUGAUAUACUUAAUUAUGAGUCCUUAAUAUUUCGUAUUUGCUUUUUAUCGUUUAAUUAUAAAAUAUAUAAUUUAUUGUUUUUAAAAGAGAUCGGUAAUAGGGGUGAGAUUAGUUCGUAAGUUAGCUGAAUAUAGAAAAAAUAUGUAUGUGUUAACAUAGGAAAAUUACGUGCUGAAUAAAUGUCACACAAGUUAUCGUUAAAUUUAAACGGUUAAAGAAUAAAGUACUGCGAUGUAUGGCGGACAUUAAAUAGUUAGAUAAUUAAUAGAUAUAAAAUGAAAUAUGUGCUACUUUUAUUUAUGUACGUUAUACGAGAUAUAAUUAGAUCUUCUGUAUUUGAUAUAAUUUCAUUUGAAUGAUUUCAAUAUUUGAUUUAUUGUAACAAAUUUCAAAUAUAGAAAAAUAUUAUUAUUUGGAAAAUGCAGUUAAAAAGAAAAAUGAAAAUUUAAUUUCUGCACUAUACACAAACACACACACAUACGUACUGUAUUAUAUAUUACAUACUCUGUCGAUUUUAAAAAUAAUUAUAAUCUUAAGAUCGUGAAUCUGAGAGUUAUGCAUUUGAUGCAAAGGUUAACGAAUGGAAAAUAAUUCAAUUUUACUGUUUAUUACUAGAUAUAUUUAAUGGUUAUGGUAUAUAUAUAUAUAUAGUUAAAAAAUAAUAAUGUAUAAAAUAUAACAAACAUAUUAUUUUUAUUGAUCUUUUAUGUAACACAGAGACGUACGGACUUUCGAUUCAACCUAUUUUUCAGGAAAAGAAAAAAAAAGGAAUAUAAAAAUUUAACAUCACAAUGCAUAUCAUUAAAGAAAAAAAAAAAAAAAAAGAAAAAAUUAUCGCGACAUAUAGAUCAAACGAAAUAACCUUGAAUGGUAAAAUUCUGCGUGACUGCGUUACAUAAUUAUUUUGUUAUAAUUUAAAAAGACACAAGUCGUGAAUGUAAACAAUAAAAAUAAUGUGUUUAUAUGUAUUCUUGAAAAAGCAAUCGAAAUUUGUAGUAUUAUAUGGUAUCAAUCACAUGUGUAAUAUAAUAAAACGACUCAUUUGAAUAUUAAGCAUUACAAAUGGUCAACGAUAUCGGAAUCAUAGUAUUGGAGAUGUAUUUUUGAUCAAACGCUAUAAAUAAAAUUUGUCCGCAUAAAAA